AUGUUGCAGGCAUCGCAUACCGAUCGUAUACGAUUGGUGCUGAACAUAACAUACAAAUUCAAAAAUGGCGAUGAAGAAUUCCUGGAGAUGUUGACGAACAUCAACAAUUACAACAUCAUCCCGUCACAUGUUAACGACCGUGACAUCACCGUCUUUGAUCCUACGCUAUCUGAGAGUGGCAGCGAGGAGAUUAUGAACGACACACCGAUGGUGGUUUGGUACCAUUUAGCGUCAGACAUUAAUCGACAGGCUGCCGAGUUCAAAUUCAAUUAUUCCUGGAAGCCAAGUAAGUGUUUUGAUCCAGUACAACGAAAAAAAUUAGGUGUUUAA